AUGAUGCGCCUCGCUUUCGUCGCUCUGGCUGCCGCCUCGACCGUCCUGGCCUCCCCGGCGCCUUCUACCAACGCCGCAACGACCGUCGUCGACGCCUUCCGCGCCUUGCGGUCAAACGGCCUGACGAAUGACUCUGGAUUCGCGAAGCGGCAGUCGACGACCGAUAUCAUCAACGGCCUGCAAGACUUGCUCGAGAAGGCGACGGACUCGCAGCAGAGUAGCAGUGGCAAGUGUCACGACGAGUGCGCCGGAUGGUUCGGGUUGAUCGAGAAAUGCGCCGACCACGACAGUUACUAUCAAGUUGGCUUGUGCGCUUGCGGAAGCGGCCCGGUUGACGAGAUGAAGACGUGCGGAAAGUGCUUCGGCGGAUCCAGCUCGACGGACGCGAACAACUUCGGCGACUACUGCGAGAAGAGCGUCGCCUCCGCUUCUUCCCUCGGCAUCACAGCAAGCACCCGCGGAGGCUUUGGCGGUCUCUCGAGCGCCACUUCGCGUGCUGGCACCUCGGCGAGCGCGACUUCCGCCGUCGCAGGAGGAUCCGCGACUCAGCAGACGCCCGUCUCGAGCGCCUCGGCGCCCGCCAACACGGCUGGCACACCUGGCGCCGCUAGUACCGUCAAGCUCGGCGCCGGAGCUGUCGUUGGAGCGGCAGCUGGUGCGGUCGCUCUUCUCGCUUUGUAG